AUGUUUAAGAGCGACAGCAAGGGCGAGGGCGAGAGGCAGCCGAGGAAAGUCCGAUUCCGGGUCGCUUCUUCUCACAGCGGGAGAGUGCUCAAGGAGGUGUACGCCGACGGGGAAACCUCUGACUCCUUGGAUUCCGAGUGCACCAGCAACUCGGAAACAGACCCAAACAGCAGGCUGAGUGAAUCGGACGGACCGCACAACGGAAACCUUGGGUCGGAGUGGGAUGAGAACGAGAACGUGGGGGAUGACAUGCUCAUUUUCGUGAGAGCUGCCAAAGAGAGAGGAUUUGGCACCAAAAGAGUCAACAUCCUCAGCAAAAAUGGCACCGUUCGAGGAGUCAAGCACAAAGUCAGUGCUGGUCAAGCCCUCUUUGACAAUUUAACAAAGGUAUUUGAGCAAGUAGCCACCUUUCUGGAAUAUGGGCGCAUAGUAAUUUACACGACCAGCCUUCGGGUGGUUAGAACAACUUUUGAGCGGUGUGAGCUGGUUCGAAAGAUAUUCCAAAACCAUCGAGUGAAAUUUGAAGAGAAAAACAUUGCACUGAAUGGUGACUAUGGGAAAGAACUGGACGAGAGGUGCAGGAAAGUUGGUGAAAUCCCAUCACUACCAGUUGUGUUUAUUGAAGGCCAGUAUCUCGGGGGUGCUGAGAAAAUUUUGUCCAUGAAUGAAUCAGGGGAACUGCAAGAUCUCUUAACCAAAAUUGAGAGAGUUCAACACCCUCAUGAAUGCCUCUCAUGUGGGGGCUUUGGUUUUAUUCCGUGCUCAGCGUGCCAUGGGAGCAAGAUGUCAGUGUUUCGGAACUGUUUUACGGACUCAUUCAAAGCCCUCAAGUGCACCGCUUGCAAUGAGAAUGGGUUGCAACGCUGCAAGAGUUGCCUCAGCUAAGGAUGGCGCCUUGAUACAAAAACCAACCUCAUUUUAUUAUGUCAAUGCAGCAGUUUGUUAUACUAU